AUGAAUUUGCUUGUGCCCGUUUUCCUGCUGAAGAUUAUAUUUGUCUUACCCCUUAAGAUGUUAUUCUAUACUCUCGACCUGCUGCUCGUCAGAAGAUCGUGCAACUUUCGCUUGAAACUGAUAGGUAGGAUUGCCAUGAGGGAAGCACUCAAUUUAAGCUAUAUACAGUCGUUUAAAGACGUCAUAAACCCUGCUUUCGAUUGGUUAAAUGGAUUUUUCUUGAAAAAUUCGAAUGAAGAAGAAAUAUUCUAUGAAUGCACUGACACAGAUUUGAAGAUGCUCCCAAAUAUUAAAUCACUGGGAGAAGUGAACGCAAAAAUUAACUGGUUCAGGAAGCCCGUAGACUUCAAUCCAAAGACUGAUUCAAUUAUACUUUAUUUUCAUGGCGGUGGUUUUGCAACCAAACUGAUCCCAUCUACAUUAUUCUUCUUACAAAAUUUAUCUCGUUUCUUUCCCAGAACAGCAAUUGUUAUACAAGAUUACACUACCACUGCAUCAGGCAAGGAUACUGACAAAUAUCCUAGACAAUUGAUAGAAUCAGUUGCAGCAUAUAGCCACUUAUCGCAAAACGUGUCAUGUUCAAAUAUAAUCUUAAUGGGCGAAUCAGCAGGCGGUAACCUUGUACUUGCAUUACUACAAUAUCUGAUUAGAAGAGACAUAAAUAUGCCUAUAAAAGCCGUUGCUAUAAGUCCAUGGUGUAAUCCAAUGUCAUAUUCAGAUGAGGAGCUUACGUUGUACAAGGACUGUGAAAGAAUUGAUUCCAUUUCAUUUAGUGGGUUGAAGAGAUUUACGGAGUUGCUGCAUCCAACAUCAAGCCACUUUAAUCCAUUGGAUCCCCUACUUAACAUAGAGGCUUGUUUUGAUGAAAAAACCUGGAAAAUCAUACUAUCUCAAGUCGAUUUACUAGUUACAUACGGAACAGAAGAGAUACUAAAACAUCAAAUAGCCAAAUUCAUCAACAAAUUGGAAAAUAUUCAGUGUGAAAAGUUUAAUCUAGCGAACAAUGUACUCUUAGAUGAAGGUGGGAGUCACAUUGAACCAGCAUUGAUCAUAUCAAGAGACUUGUCAAACUGGAGUAGGUAUAAAACUGUCAGCAGGAUUCUUGCGAUGUUAGAUAGAAAAUGA